AUGGCAUCCAAGUACCCAGCUCAGCGGUCUCGCAACAUUCUAACCUACGUAGUAUGGCUCACUCUCAGCUAUGGCCAGCCCAACGUCACCGAUGUUAAUAAAUUGGAAUUAUCUAAUGAAGAAGAUGCCUACGCAGGUAACAGAUGUACAAAAGUUAUUUCUUUACAGGUCAUAAAAUGCAGAGCAGCUGUCGCUUGGGAGCCUAACAAACCCCUUGUCAUGGAGCAAAUUGAAGUUGCUCCCCCAAAAGCUCAUGAAGUUCGCAUUAAGGUUUUGGCCACAGGGAUCUGUCGCUCAGAUGAUCACGUGAUCACUGGUGCGUUUGUUAUGCCUUUCCCAAUCGUUUUGGGCCAUGAAGCAGCCGGAGUUGUGGAGAGCGUUGGCGAGGGAGUAACUUGUGUGAAACCAGGAGACAAGGUAAUCCCACUCUUUGUUCCACAAUGUGGAAAGUGUCGUUCCUGCCAGAGUACCAGAGGCAAUCUUUGUUCUAAAAACGAUAUUAUCGCAGCCCAUGGAUUGAUGCCCGAUGGCACCAGCAGGUUUACUUGCAAAGGGAAGACCCUUCACCAUUUCCUUAGCACCAGCACCUUCACAGAAUACACAGUGGUGCAUGAGACUUCAGUGGUCAAAAUUGAUGCUGCUGCCCCUGUGGAAAAAGUGUGUCUGGUUGGCUGUGGGUUUUCCACUGGUUAUGGAGCAGCUAUUCAAACAGCCAAGGUGGAACUUGGUUCUACUUGUGCUGUCUUUGGUUUGGGAGGAGUUGGCCUCUCAGUAAUUAUGGGCUGCAAGGCUGCAGGAGCUUCCAAGAUCUUUGCAGUUGACAUCAACAAAAGUAAAUUUGCCAAAGCUAAAGAACUGGGAGCCACAGAUUGCAUUGACCCUCUGGAUUUCAAGAAGCCCAUCAAUGAAGUACUGUUCGAGCAGACUGGUGGUGAAGGUGUAGACUAUUCGUUUGAAGUGGUUGGACGCACAGAUACCAUGAUUGCUGCCUUGGCUUCCUGCCACAUGAACCUUGGAACCAGUGUGCUUGUGGGGCUGCCUCCACCAGGAUCUCAUGUCUCUUAUGACCCAUAUCUCCUUUUCACUGGCCGUACAUGGAAGGGAUCUGUGUUUGGAGGCUGGAAGAGUAAAGAAGCUGUCCCUAGGCUGGUUUCUGAUUUCAUGGGGAAGAAGUUUGUUCUGGAUCCAUUAAUAUCUCACACUUUACCUUUUGCUAAAAUCAAUGAAGGAUUUGAACUGCUCCGGUCAGGCGAGAGCAUCCGCACUGUGCUGACAUUUUAAGAUCUGAAGUAAGAGGAAGAACAUCAG